GCCCUCUGCGGCGCGAUGCUUGCAGUUCUCACCGCGUAUGUGAUCUAUCAGCUUCACUUCCAUCCACUCGCCAAGUAUCCUGGCCCGCUCCUCGGAAAGCUCACUCAAUGGUAUGAUGUGUACCACGCAUAUGUGGGAGACAAGCACAUCCUCUUCUACCACCUCCACCAGAAAUAUGGAACCGUAGUCCGCUUCUCCCCCAACUCGCUCUCGAUCAAUGAUCCGGCGGCCCUCAAAGUCAUCUAUGCUCAUGGCGCAAACGUGCAGAAAUCCGUGUUCUACAAGUGCUUUCGAGCGGCUCCUACCGCAAUCAGCACUCUGCUUGCUACCGAGAAAGGCCACCAUGCGCGAAAGCGAAGAAUUAUGGGCCAAGCAUUCUCGGAUUCGGCCCUAAAGGGAUUCGAGGAAUAUGUGGUUGCACUUACCGACAACCUCGUAACCCGUCUUCAGGCUGCCAUUACCAGAUCAGAUGGCGAGAAGACGCGGUGGAGUGCGCCUCUGGACAUGGCGGCAUGGUGUAACUGGCUGGUCUUCGACAUUAUGGGCGAGCUAGUGUUCGGACGUUCUUUUGGCACGCUUGGAGAGAAGCCAGAGAACAGGCGAGGCAUAUUCCUGCUUGGACGAGCGGCGAGGAGAAAUUAUGUCGUUGCUGCGAUGCCAGCGUUGCUGUAUACCGGUCUGGAGAAAUGGCUACCACUUCUCCGCGGCCUGUUCCUCGACCGCUGCCAGUAUCUCGCCUUCGGCAAGAAACAAGUGAUGGAGCGAACCAAGGAGCAAAGCUUUGGUCAACCUGGUUCUCCUUCACGCGAUACCGGACGUAGAGACAUCUUCUCCUUCCUAAUGACUGCCAAAGAUCCCGAAACAGGCGAAGGCAUGCCAAUGCCAGAAUUAUGGAUGGAAGGUAACACCUUAAUCGUCGCCGGAUCCGACACUACAUCAACCACCCUCUCAGCAGUCCUCUACUACCUCCUUCACAACCCUCACACCCUCCAAAAACUUCAACGCGAAAUCCUCACAACCUUUGAGUCUUCCUCGGAAAUCCGUAUGGGUCCCAAGCUGCAAUCCUGCACUUACCUCCGCGCUUGCAUCGACGAGACCAUGCGCAUGACACCAGCAGUAGGAGGACUCCUACCACGAGAAGUUCUACCGGGAGGACUAGAAAUCCCCUCCUUAAACCUCGCCUUGCCAGCAGGAAUCGAUGUUGGAGUCCCCAUCUACGCUAUCCACCAUCAUCAGGAUUACAUCGCAUCUCCCUUCCUUUUCGAUCCAUCCCGCUGGCUUCCCUCGGAUGGCAAGCCGCAUGCGCAAAGUAAGGAAGCUUUACUGGCAGUUUAUAACCCCUUCUCAAUCGGGCAUAGAGCUUGUUUGGGCAAGCCGCUUGUGUAUAUGGAAUUGAUGAUUUCGAUUGCAAAAAUUGUUUGGGAGUUUGAGAUGAGGUUGGCUGAGGAGCAGUUUGUUAGUCGGGAGAUCAGAAAAGAGGUGAGGAGUGGGAAGAGGCAGAGGUAUGAGUAUCAAUUACAGGAUUGGUUUAUGAGUCGGAAUGAGGGACCGUGGGUUGAAUUUAAGGUGAGGGAAGGGGCCUCUUAGUCUAUGUUGUUGAGCUGAAAUCUGAUACCAUUCGAUAUGAAAUAUCAAACUAGGCACUUGAGCUCUAUGGCCUAUCGCGAGAGCAAUGGGUUGGGAAAUAAACGCUGACACUUGUGCAUACUGUC